UGGUGCGAUUUUAGUUUCAAUAAAUUUAAUUCCAUUGCCAUUUAUUGAUAUAACUUUUUUAUGUCAAGCAAUCUUGAUCACUCAAAAAGCUUCUACGUUACCCACAAAAGGUACAGGGGGUCGAAAAUGUCCUAAAUGGCUUCGAAAAAAGGAUGGUGUUUACUACCCCUCGACUUGGCGGGGGCACUUCCGUGCCCCCAGAUAACAGCCUGUGAAAUGGAUGAAUCGAAAGAAACAAAUCAGGACAAUAGAGACUUUACGCUGGUCAAUAAACAACCUGUCCAGGACAAUAGGCAUUGUCUUGGUAAUGACUGGGAGAGCACAUGUGGUCCUUCAAAUGAAAGCCUAAUUAUUAGGGCUUCAACAUCUCGAGCCCCACACAUAAGGACUAUGACUACAAAUAAAACAAUUACAGCAUCUCUAUUUAAUUCCAUAUAUUAUGAAGGCAUAAAUGGACCCUCUUCUUCAGCUUAUCCAUAUAACACCUCAUCAACAGAACAGGAUCUCACCAGAUCUACUGAUGAACAUCAACAGUUGUUAAAUUACGAAGAUUAUAAAUCUGCCUCCGUCUGUUUAAAAGAUGCUAUACAGCAUUGCCCGGACAAAGUUACCCUUGACGCCAUGAAAUCUUAUUAUUACAUGAAAUUGAAGAUGGAUACAGUUAAUGAUGCUAAGGAUGGAAACAAUAAUUGCAAACUAACUAGUGGUUAUAUAUGUUUAGCUAUGUGUGACAUCGCUUUAGAUUAUAUUACGGAUAACGCCGGCGAGGUAGUAAAAAAGGAUUGCAACGUCGACGAUGGAAAGGACGAAGGCAUCAGUUCGGUUCAGGAUAUGCAGCAUUUAGUUCUUAGCUGGUUGGAGAAUAAAACUCAAGGCAGAAUGUCGCUUCACAACUAUGCUACAGAUGUCUCUAUAAACGAGAUAAAAUAUAUAAAAGAAAACAGUUUGAGAAUGCUUGCACGGAUAGAGCAGGCAUUAGAGAUAGCUAGAGGUUACCUGCAAAAUGAGGUUAUAGAGACAAAAGAUGUUUAUGCAAUGAAACUGUGCCAUUAUUAUAGUCGCAAAUUGUUACUGGCAGAUUUCAAGGCAGGUGUCUUUCCGUUUCACUUGGGGGCGAUUGACUGUCUGCGUAAAGCUAACGAAAUCAUACAUUUGGCUGAUGGAGAUGCUCGACAAGAAGUUGCUCAUAAACUUGAACUGGCGAUAAAAAAUAAUGAUAAAUUUGUAAAUCUUAUAAAAAGAGUGCAUUGUGAGCAAGGACAGAGAUACGUGCAAUCGAAUGAAAUAUAUAAAGCUAUUGAGGAGUAUACAGAUGCUCUAACACUAGACAACAAUUGCACUGAAGUGUUGAAUGAGCGUGCGAAGUGUUACACCGAGGUUGAUGACUACGAAUCCGCUAUUAAAGAUUACGAAAAAUUAUUCACAAUCACUAAAAACGAAAAAUUAAGACAGUCUGUCCAAGACUCUAUAGUAAUAUUGAAGAAUAAGAAAACUUUAACUCAAAACCAAAAAGUGAAACGGGCAAAUGAAGAUAUUUCGGAGAUAAAAGUUCUUUAUUCGAAAGGACGCCGUCUUUAUUUUUUCGAGAAUCAAUAUCAAGAAGCCCUAGAUUAUUUUCAACAAGUACUAGAGGUUGAUCCAUCUCAUUCAGGUGCGCUUCUAUUAACUGACCUGAUUGUUCGCCUCAAGAGUACCAUCGAGCAAGGUAACGAUGCAUUUACAAAUGGUCAAUGGCAAGAUGCUUUGGACAAAUUUAAUGAAGCUUUAACGAUUGAUAAAAAUAAUAGAAAUCUCAACGUUAAUCUGUAUUCUAAAAAGGCUAAGAUGUAUUUUAAUUUGAAACAAAUACAUCAAGCCAUAGAAGCAUACACGGAUGCACUAAAAUUAGAUGACAAAUGUCUAAAUGCACUGCGCGGUCGAGCUGAAUGUUACACAAAAGUGGAAAAUUAUAAAGCUGCUAUUGAUGAUUAUGAAAAAAUACUAUCAUUUCACAAAAGUGAAUAUAUUACUGAAUGGGCUCUAAGUUCGAUUCACACUCUUAAAAUAAAGAUUGAUUAUAGAGAAAAAAUUCGGCUCGCAGAGUCUUUGGUUGAGAGUCAGAAAACUGUGGAACUAGAGCAAGCUCUGUAUCUGGCAGAGGAGUGUCUGCAAUUUGAUCGUUCUGACAUAAAAGCCCUGUGUGUGAAAGGCUUAUGCUUAUAUUACAAGGAUCAAUAUCAACAAGCUAUAGAUCAAUUUCAACAAGUGCUACAUGUUGAGUCAUCACAUUCCAUGGCGCUUAGCGAAACUAAAAAGAUUACAUUGCUCAAAAAUACAAUAGCGAAAGGUAAUAAUUCGUUUACAGCUGGUAACUGGCAAGACGCAUUGGUUCAUUUUAAUGAAGUAAUAAAGAUUGAUGAUGGUAAUUUAAAUCUCAAAAUUAAAAUGCAUUGUAAAAAUGCCGAAAUAUACUUGAAAUUGAAUAGCAUAUAUAAAGCUAUCGAAGAAUAUACGAGUGCUCUAGAAUUCGAUAAGUUUUGUGUGGAGGCGCUACGUAAUCGCGCUGAAUGUUACUUGAAUGUUGGAGAUCACAGAAACUCUAUUAGAGAUUACUCAAAAAUAUGCGGAAGUGAAGCAGACGAAGAAACCAAACAGUUGGCUAAUAACGCUAUUUUAAAAGUUAGGAAUACAAUUUCAUUGAGGGAUAAAUGUAACCGCGCAGAGAAUUUACUUAAAUCUCAGAAAACUGAUGAAAUUGAAGAAGCUUUGAAAAUAGCAGAAGAAUGUUUGAAAUUUGAUAGUUCUGACAUUAAAGCGCUUUGUGUAAAAGGGUCGUGUCUGUAUUAUAAGAAUCAGUACGAACAAGCAUUAGACCAAUUUCAAAAAGUAGUGCAUCUGAAACCAUCACAUUUAGAAGCGCUCACGGAAAUGAAAAAAAAUACAUUGCUUAAACGUACGAUAGAGCAAGGUAACGAUUCAUUUUGCAAGGGACUAUUGCAAGAUGCUUUGGAUACAUUUAACACAGCUUUAGUGCUUGGUAAAGAUAAUAUAAAUCUUAUUAUUAAUUUGAAUUGUAAAAAGGCAACAAUACAUAUAAAAUUAAAAGAAAUGCAAGAAGCUGUUGAAGCGUACACAGCUGUACUGAAAUUAGAUGAAACGUGUCUGGAAGCACUGCGUGGAAGAGCUGAAUGUUACACGAAAAUUGAGAAAUAUGGUGAUGCCAUUGAAGAUUGGGAAAGAAUAUUGUCACCAAGAAUAAAAGGCGAACAAAUGAAAUAUUGGGCCCGUAAAUCUAUCAAGAACCUCAAUAAAAAGAUUGCUUACAAAAAUAAAAUCGAGCAAGCUGAGAACUUCAUUAAAAACAAGAAAAUAAUCCAGGCUAUGAAACUAGCAGAGGAAUGUUUACAAUUCGAUAAAUCUGAUGUAAAAGCGCUUUGUGUGAAGGGUUCAUGCCUGUAUUAUAAGAACGACUUAGAACAAGCAUUAAAUCAAUUUAAUAAAGUACUGUUACUUGAACCACUGCAUUCUACAGCACUCAAGGAAAGCAAAAAGAUUACAGAUCUGAAACGUACAAUAGAGCAAGGCGAGAAUUCAAUGAAAGAACACCGAUGGCAAGACGCUUUGAUAAAAUUUAAUGAAGCAUUCACGAUUACCAAAGACAAUGAUAAUGUAGACGUCAAAGUUAAUUUGUACUACAAAAAAGCGUCUGUGUACUCGAAAUUGAAGCAAACACAACGUGCAAUUGACGAAUGUACGAAUGCUAUAUUAUUGCAACCUAAUUUCGUCAAAGCCAUAAAGAAGCGUGCCAACUGUUACACAGACGCUAAACAAUUCGAGGAUGCUUUAAAAGAUUAUGAAAAAUUAUACACACUUGAAAAAAGUGUACAAAAUUUAGUCUUUAUACAAAACACGCAAUCAAUACUCAAUGGACAAAAAUUAUCUCAACAAAAAGUCCAGGACGGAAAUAGAUUUUAUAGGAAUAAUAAAUUCAGAGAAGCACUGGAAAUGUAUAAGGAAGCGAUAGAAUUGUAUCCUCAUAAUGCUUAUUAUUAUGGCAAUACAUUUUCUUGUUACAUAAAGCUCUCAAUGUUAAGUGAAGCAUUAAUUGAUGCCAAAAAGGCUGUUGAGCUUGACAUCCACUCCAGUAAAGGUGUUGGUGGAGUAGCUAAAUGCUAUAUCGCUUUAGGAGACUUGUCUGGCGCCGAGCGAGCUAUUGUGAAGGCUAGCGAGGCCGGCGAGGACUGCAUGGAGGAGCGCCGCGCGCUGCAGACGCUGCAGCGGCUGCACGCGCAGGCGCACAAGCACAUCGAGGAGCGGGACUACCAGCGCGCCGUAUCCUGCAUGAAUCAGUGCCUUGAGUAUAGCCCGUUCAGUUCCAAAAUGAAACUUAUCAAAGCAGAGUGUUUGGCUAUGCUCGGGAAAAUUAAGCAAGCGGAAGACAUAGCCGACGAAUGUAUGAGAUGCGAUCCAUCGGACAUUGAUGCUCGUUUUGUUAUGGGCCUGGGCAUUUAUUAUAAUGAAAAACUUUACGAAGCCAAGAAGUGUUUCAAAGAUAUUCUUCUACUUUCACCAGAACACAAGAAGGCGAUGGCCGCAUACAAAAAGGUUAAAUUGUUGAUACAAAAGAAAGAACAAGUUGUCGAACAAAUGAAUAUGUGCCGAUGGCAAAAGACUCUGCAGCUGUGCGACGAAGCGUUGGCAAUCGAUACAACGCAUGUAAAGACCAAUGCGAGACUGCACUUCGAUAAAGCGACCGCGUAUUCGAAACUGAAACAAACGCAUUCGGCAGUUGACGCGUGUACGGCGGCGCUGGACUUAGACCAGAACUAUUUGGCAGCGCUCACUUUACGUGCCAAGUGUUUCACCCUACUACAGGACUAUGAAAGUGCUGUCGAUGAUUAUGAACGACUGUACAAACUUCAGCCGAGCGACGAAUUCAAGACGCUGUUGGACGACGCCAAACGAUUGAGAUCGACGAAAUCGGAAUGUCAAAAUUAUUAUCAAAUACUGGACGUUGCCAAAACCGCAUCUGAAGAUGAGAUUAAAAAAGCAUACAGGAAACUCGCGUUAGUACAUCAUCCGGACCGUCACUCUGGUCGUUCGCUGCACGAGCGAAAAACGCAAGAACGGCGUUUCAAAUUGGUUCUUGAGGCAUACAACGUCCUCAGUGAUAAGUUGAAACGCUUAAAAUAUGACUCUAGAGGCUUUUUUGACUUCGACCCUUCGUAAAUAAAGUUGAAUCAAAAGAUACCUACAUACCAAGGGCGAUGGUUCCUAACCCGAUUCAAAAUUGGGUUACCUUUUAAAAAUCCAUGAGUUUUGUGGACGUACAUAAUUUAACGUACUCAUCCAAAAACACAUGAAAUGGUUAGGUUACCUACGAGAAAAUUUCAGUCUUCGCUACUGCUACGUACAGAGCGAUUUUUCCUAAAUUUCCAACUGUGACAUAUCAGGUAUUUAGGUUUUUUGUAUAUACAUAUUUACACGGCUGGUUAUUCUUUCUGUGAACUUUUGUAUUAAAUAUAUUUUUUUCUAUUAUUACUUAAAUUUAUUAAUUAUGUUAUCUAUAUUAUAAUAAUUUUUAUAUUAAGUAUAGAUAUUUUAUAUUGGAUUGUUUGUAAGCUAAUAAAUGUUGCAUUUAAAAAAUCUAGCUAGCUUAAUUCUGUAAGAAUUUAUUCAAAAAGACUACAUUAUUUAUAAGCCACUGAAUAGGUAGGUAUGACUUUAAGUUAAAAUAAUUUAAAUCCAUUUUAUACCUUUAUUUAAUUUUUAAUGAAAUUAAAAUGUUAUUUAUCACAUUAUGUAAUAAGUACUAUAUAAAACCGGCCAAGUGCGUGUCGAGCCACGUGCAAUGUAGGGUUCCGUAAAUUAAGUUAGCACUUAAAUCGCUUAAGCACAAAAAUACAGAUAGACGAUAAAAAAUUCAUCCUCACAUUGCAUGUAGGGGAUGUAUUCUAAAAAACAUAUUUUUCAAGACUUUGUUCACAUUUUAAAUGUAGGUACAGUACAUACUCAUUUACAGCUAAUGUACAGCUUUCUCUUAGCAAUAGUAUCUGCACUAAAUCGCGGACGGACGGUCAGGCGGAUAUGGCGAAACUAUAAGUUUCCUUGUGGACUACGGAACCCUAAAAAACUGUUAUUGUUUUAUGUGAUAUUAUGUUAUUUACCGACUUGUUAUUAUUUUUAAAUGUUAGAUGAUUGAAUUAUAUGUAUAUGUAAAAUAUAAAUGUCUA